GAAUUUAUAAGGUAGUUUUUAAUUCCUAUAUAUUCCAAUUUCAAUUAUUAAUUGUACCUUUUGAUAAUCAUUUAAUUUUACAAUUUUGUAAAUAAAAAAUAAAUGUUGUAAUAAUAAGAAAGCCAGAUAUAAAAUUAAUUUUGAAAUAUGGAGCAAUUUACAGAGGAUAAUAAUAAAACAAAUCUGGAUGUUGAAAUAAAUUCUGAGGCUAAAGCGGAAAAAGACAAAGAAGAUAUAAUGAUUCUCGAUCAUGAUACCAAUGUUAUACCAAUAAUCAUAGAAGAAUUAGAUGAAAAUGCUAUUAAUUCCAUGGACGUAGAUAUGACUGAGUUUGUAGAAGCUAAAGCUUUAGAAGUACAAGAUGUAUCUGAAACAAUAAUUCCAUCUUAUACAUAUUCUGAGCAAAGUAGUCCUGUUAAUGACAUUAUAAUGGAAAUAGAUGAUCAAAAUGUACUACUAACUGUUGAAGAAGAAGAUAGAUUAACUAAACAAUUUUUAAAUGGUGAAUUAACAUUCAGUGAAUAUUCCUCUAAAAUGGAUGAAAAUCCAGAACUAGAAAUCUCAGAUACGGAUGUUUCUAAAAGAGAUUCAGAAAGUGAACAAGCAGUUUCACAACAAAUUAUAAAUAAAAAAGAACAAAAGUUAUCAACAUUUUCACAAGCAGGACCAAAAAGGAAACGGAGAACCCUUCCCCCUGUUUUGCAAGGUCUUAUGGGAGAAGCAAAUUUACGUUUUGCAAGAGGAGAAACAACAUUAGCAGCACAAAUGUGUAUGGAAAUAAUUAGGCAGGUACCAAGUGCUCCAGAACCAUUUCAAACCUUAGCAAUGAUAUAUGAAAAUGAUCAGCCUGAGAAAUCAUUACAAUUUGCAUUAAUAGCAGCACAUCUCAGUCCAAAGGAUGCCGAUCAAUGGGCUAGAUUGGCUAAUUUAUCAUUAGAGAGUGGCAAUAUAAAACAAGCAAUAACAUGUUAUUCGAAAGCUAUUCAAGCUAGCCCAAAAGAAAUACAUUUGUAUGAAUCAUUAAUACAACUACAAGAGCAAAAUGGAGAUAAAAGAGCUCAUUUGAAAGCAUAUACAAAAUUGUUACAUCAUCUGGAUUCAGAAAAUGGUGAAGAAAUAUUAAAAUAUGCAAAAAUACUAGCAAAACGACACAUGCAAGAAAAUAAUAAUGAACAAGCAUUAGAUGCUAUGGAAUAUAUUUUUGUUAAGUGUCCUGAAUUGAUAACAUUAGAAGAAGUCAAUAUUAUGACAGAAUUGUUAAUUACUUUAAAACAUUUUAAUAGAUGUUUAGAUACUCUAACUAAGUACACUAGUAUCUGGGUUCAAUUUAAGGAGAUAGAUAUUUCUGAUAAAAAAGAUUCAGAACCUCCUAAUAUAUCUACAAUAGAAACCUGUGAUAUACCAGACGAUGUAGUUGUAGAUUUAAAAGCAAAAUUUCUUAUAACUCUUAUUGAACUGAAUGAAAUUAGUAUGGCAGAUAAACUUUUACCUAAAUUGUUGAAAGAAGAUCCAGAGAUAUCUGGAGAUUUAUUUUUAGAUGUAGCAGAGGCUUUUAUGGGAAAAAAAGAAUUCCAGCGAGCUCUGGACUUAUUAGAUCCAUUAGUUAAUAGCAACAACUUUAGUUUAGCAGCUGUUUGGUUAAGACACGCAGAAUGUUGGGUUGGCUGUAAAGAUCUAAAAAAAGCUAUUAAAUCUUAUGAAGUUGUUAAACAAUUAUCUCCUCAGCAUUUAGGUGCUAGACUAGCAUUAGCAAAACUUUAUAAGUUUAAAGGCCAAUACAUUAAGGCAGCAGAAGUUCUUAAACAAGAUCCAGAAUCAGAUGCACUAGAUCCUAAUGUAAUUUAUAUGAGGACACUUUUGCUCUUCAAAACUCAAAAAUAUGAUGAGUAUUUUCAAUCUGGAAUGUUAUUACUUUCAAGACAUUGUAUUAAUAUUAGGUCAAAAGCUGAGCUUGGUGCAUUAACAAGAGCAACUGGAAUACGUCAACGUCUUGAAAGUUUACAAUUGCAUCGACUAUCAUGUGGUGAAAAACUUGAAGAAGAAAAUGUACCAACAUUUGUUAACAGUGAUGAACCAAGUGAAAAGAAUGAAUUCCUUUUAUAUAUUCAAAUGUGCAAGUUAGCUUGUGAAUUGAAAAGAUAUGGAUUACUACAAAGAAUAUCUUUUAGUGCAUUGACAUCUAAAAGAUUUGAGAAGAGGAAUUCUCAUAUCAUGUUCUUAUGUUUAUUGGCUUGUAUUCACAAUAAUGAUUCUUAUUAUGGUUACAAUAUUGUGCGGGAAAUAGUAAAAGUUUGUCAACGUUCAAAUUCAUGGAAUUUACUUAAUAUAGUUAUUCAAAAAGCUGAAGAUUCUAGACACAAUAGAUUCAUAAUGCGUUUACUUGGACGAGAAGAUGCAUUUUCUCAUUUGCAUAUAAUGCAUGCAAAUAAUUGCCUUGUCUGUGGGACAUAUACUUAUGCUCUGAAUGAUUACAUAUCCCUCUUUAGAGUUACGCCAAAUGCAUUAUUGGCCUUAUUAAUUUCUGUUACUUUAUUACAAAUGUCAUGUCAAAAGCAUUCAUCAAAAAAGAAUCAAUUAAUAAUUCAAGCAAUUGCAUUCUUUAAGAAAUAUGCACAAUUACGAGGAGUGGAAGGUCAACACGAAACAUAUUAUAAUAUAGCACGUGCAUUUCAUCAAAUUGGAAUGUUGCCAACAGCUAUACACUAUUAUAAACUAGUUCUUCAUUCAGAUCCAGGAGAUUUAGUUAAACAAAAUGAAGAACUUUUAGACUUGAAAAAAGAAGCAGCUUUUAAUCUUCAUCUUAUAUAUUUACAAUCUGAAAAUCUUAAUCUUGCCAGAAUGUAUCUUGAAGAAUAUAUUACUAUUUAAAAACAUUAUAAAUAAGUUACAUGUAUAAAUAGUAUAAGAAAUUAAUAGAUAUCUUAUAUUAUAAAUGUACAUAUUUUUUGCCAAAAAAGUAUUAAUAGCUCUUAAAUAAAAAUAAAGUAUUAAGAUUGUUCAUAAUCUCUGGUAUUUUAAUGGUUUACGCCAUCAAUGAGAACAGGCGUAAUUCUUGAUUGAUUUUGAUGAACAAAGUCUUCUUUUAAAGGCAAAGAUUUAAUUUACAAUACGUAGUUUUAGAAUUAUUGAAAAAAGAUUUUUAUUUGUGUAUAAAGUAUUCUCGAAAAAUUCUCUUUUUAACACGAUUUUUUUUACAAAAAAAUAAAGCUUUUAAAUAAGAACCUUGUACUUUCACUAUUGAUUUUAACAUACACGCUUGAAUGGAUAUUUUCUAUGUCCAUGAGGCAGUGAUUCUCUGCUUGUUUGUAUGCGUAAAUAGCUGGUACUUAGAUUUUUUGAACAUUU